GGUGGUGGUGGUCCUGGCGGGUACGGUCCGAAUGGUGGAGGUCCGAAUGGAGGCAACGGAGGAGGACCGACUGACAACGGUGGUGGUGGUCCUGGCGGGUACGGUCCGAAUGGUGGAGGUCCGAAUGGAGGCAACGGAGGAGGACCGACUGACAACGGUGGUGGUGGUCCUGGCGGGUACGGUCCGAAUGGUGGAGGUCCGAAUGGAGGCAACGGAGGAGGACCGACUGACAACGGUGGUGGUGGUCCUGGCGGGUACGGUCCGAAUGGUGGAGGUCCGAAUGGAGGCAACGGAGGAGGACCGACUGACAACGGUGGUGGUGGUCCUGGCGGGUACGGUCCGAAUGGUGGAGGUCCGAAUGGAGGCAACGGAGGAGGACCGACUGACAACGGUGGUGGUGGUCCUGGCGGGUACGGUCCGAAUGGUGGAGGUCCGAAUGGAGGCAACGGAGGAGGACCGACUGACAACGGUGGUGGUGGUCCUGGCGGGUACGGUCCGAAUGGUGGAGGUCCGAAUGGAGGCAACGGAGGAGGACCGACUGACAACGGUGGUGGUGGUCCUGGCGGGUACGGUCCGAAUGGUGGAGGUCCGAAUGGAGGCAACGGAGGAGGACCGACUGACAACGGUGGUGGUGGUCCUGGCGGGUACGGUCCGAAUGGUGGAGGUCCGAAUGGAGGCAACGGAGGAGGACCGACUGACAACGGUGGUGGUGGUCCUGGCGGGUACGGUCCGAAUGGUGGAGGUCCGAAUGAAGGCAACGGAGGAGGACCGACUGACAACGGUGGUGGUGGUCGUCCGGUUGGUUACAAUCCAAACAACGGAGGUCCGAACGGAUUUAAUAGUGGAGGGAAAGCCCCCGGGUCUGGUGAACCUGGUUCGAGCCCAACAAAAUGUCCGUGUCCUCAGUGUCCAUCUGUUUAUCGCCCACUGCCCGCUGGCAAAUCUCCCUCAUCAUCGGAUGGGCCAGGGACUCCGCUGACCCCCAAUGCGGGUUCCGUUGGGCCAUCAAGAACGUCUAACAGCGGCGGGUAUCUAAAUCCUGCUGCGGGACGUUCCGUCACCCAGGUGGCACCGAUCAAUCGCGGGACAAAUGUUUGGCUAUUCUUUGAAAAUCAACAAAAGCGCUAUCGGAAUCAAUCGUACACUCCCAUAGUCGAUCGAAAUCCGAGCGUUAUCCUGGGUAAACAACUUCAAUUGAUCCAGUAA